CAACCACUCUCCCCUCGCCUCUCCUCCAAGUGAACAAAAAGACCUUCGCUUUCGCCUCCUCCACUCCUGUCUCCUCUCCGCGACUCUCUCGCGCGCGAUUCCGUUUCCGAUGCCGCCGCCGCCGCCGCUCGAAGCGCGGGACUACAUCGGCCUCGGGGGGAGCCCGGCCACCCCGGCCUCCUCCUCCUCCUCCUCGCCGGGCGAGGUCGGGGCGCACCUCGCGCUCCGGCUGGGCCUCCCCGGCUCCGAGUCGCCCGACGCCGCGCUCACGCUCGGCCCUGCUCCUCCUCCUCCUCCCAGGGGCGGCGCCAAGCGCGGCUUCGUCGACUCCCUCCGGCGCUCCGAGAGCCGUAGCAGCGAUGGGGCCGUGAGGGAGGAGAAGGGGAUCGCGGAAGCUGCCGCCGGAGCUCCCCCAGCUGCCAAGGCGCAAGUUGUUGGAUGGCCACCUGUGCGAAGCUACCGGAAGAAUACACUGGCCGCCAGUGCCACCAAAACCAAAGGGGAAGACCAAGGUAAAAGCGAGGCAGGAUGCUGCUAUGUAAAGGUCAGUAUGGAUGGAGCCCCAUACCUUAGGAAGGUUGACCUCAAAACCUAUUUGAGCUAUGAAGAUCUUUCACUUGCUCUUGAGAAGAUGUUCAGCUGCUUUAUCAGUGGUAAGAACAGUUUACACAAAACAUCAAAAAGAGACAGGCUUACUGAUGGUUCUAGGGCUGACGCCCUUAAGGAUCAAGAGUUUGUUCUUACCUAUGAAGAUAAGGAUGCUGACUGGAUGCUUGUUGGUGAUCUUCCUUGGGACUUAUUUGCUACUAGUUGUCGGAAACUGCGGAUCAUGAGAGGCUCUGAUGCUGCUGGAAUGGCUCCAAGAUCACUGGAACAGACAGGUCAGAACAAAUAGGCGCCUCAGCCUCCACCUGGACGGCAAAUCUGUGGGACCAAGUUUGCUGUAGUGAGAUGACGCUGAAGGGUGCACUGUUUUAUCUGAAGUGUCUCUGCUAUUAGUUUAUUUACGUGUGUAGUGAAAUCUGUGGGGUAUUGUAAAACAGCCAUUUUGCCUACGAGGUUGACUUGUGUCAAUCUGUAGAUGGUCGAUUUUGCCUUUGAAAGAUCAAGGCAGGGUGCUUAAUGCUUCCUGUGUGAUACUUUCAUCAAUUCUCUCAUAUAUAUAUAUAUAUUUUCUGGAGUUGCACUUGAUA